GAGACAAAGAGACAGAGCACGAAAAAUUUCAUUACUGAGCGCGUGGUUUUUCAGUUUGCCGUAGAACGCGAGACGAGCAGCAACGAAUGCGGCUUUAUUUCUAUCAAUCCAUCAAUCAAGCGGUCAAGCAUUGAGUCGCGUAAUUAUUCGAAAUAUUCAUGUGAAUAACAAGCGAGUGUACAAGUGAAUGAAAAGCAAGCAAAUCAAUGUGAAUACAAGUGUAAUAAAAAAAAAAAAUGUGGCAAAUAAAGUAGUGAGCAUUUUAGAAGUCACUGUCAAUCAUUAAACCACCCAAACACCCAUACACCCUACUACCUAUGUAUGUGCCACACUUGGUCAACAGCAAAUUGGCUAACUAAUAACCAUGAUUAGCAGUCAGACAACAACAACAACAACUAAAGGAAUAACAACAAAAGGUGAUUGUUCCGAUACCACAGAAGAGAUGACCGUCGACAGCAGAGAUUCCAAAGAUUUAGGUGCACACGAGCUGAGCGAGGAGAAGCAACAGCAGCAACAACAGCAGCAGGAGUUGGAGGGGCAGUUCGAGGAGCAGCCGGAGGACGAACACGGAGAGAACUCAACCAGCAACGCCUCCGAUCAGCCCAUUGAGACUGACAUGGAUCCGGAAAUGGUCGAGGCACAAGCGGAGCAGGAGGAGCAGCAGAAGGAAGCGGACAAUGCGACGACGCCACCACGGAGUCCAACGCCCGAGCUGAUUCCCAAGCUGGAGAGAAUGGAGCAGCCGGCCACACCUCCCUCAGCGACAGCCACGCCCAGUCCGCCGACUACGCCCACAACAGCAACAGUGCUGCCAAAGCUGCGCCUGAAUGCGCUACUCGCCUCGGAUCCGGCUCUUAAACCCGAUGCCAAGGAGCUGAAUCUGACAGAUGCACGUCUGCUCGGUCCGCCACAUCAGCAGCUGUCGAAGCCGGAGCCGCCACAGAGUCUACCCGAUCCCAGCAGCCUUGUGGAGCCGCUCUUGAAGCCGGCACGCUUCAUGUGUCUGCCAUGUGGCAUUGCCUUUAGCUCACCCUCGACGCUGGAGGCGCAUCAGGCAUAUUACUGCUCCCAUCGCAACAAGGAGGCGGACGAGGAGACGGCGUCGGGUGACAAGCUGUCAUCCGCGGGCGGAGGUGGAGGCGUCUCUAGCGCAGGCAACGGCAGCGGCGGCGGCGGAGGAGGAGGAGGAAGCAGCUCGGAGCCUCCAGCGAAGCUGGCACGCAUUGGGAAGCAAUAUGCCUGCACUCAGUGCUCCUACAGUGCCGACAAAAAGGUCUCGCUCAAUCGUCACAUGCGCAUGCAUCAGACAUCGCCGGCUUCCAGUCUCCCGAGCCUUUCCAGCCUCACAGUCAAUGGCAUUUCCAGCGGAGUUGGAGUUGGAGGCGCAGCUGCUUCCGGGCUCGGAGGAGCAGGCGGAGGCGGAGUCGGAGGCGGAGUCUCGCUCGAGGAGAGCUCUAGUCAACAAAUCGAUCGCUACUGCAGCGACUGUGAUAUCCGGUUCAACAAUAUCAAGACCUAUCGCGCCCACAAGCAACACUACUGCAGUUCCCGUCGCAGCGACGGACAGCUGACUCCCAAGCCGGAGGCAGGAGUCGGAGUCGGACCAGGAGGAACAGCAGGAGCAGCAGCUGCUGCCACUGGAGUGCCAGUUGGUGGCAGUGGCAAGUUGAGUGGCGCACACAGUCCGCAGACGCGCAACAAGACGCCGACUCCGGCAAUGGUUGCGGCUGCUGCAGCCGCUGCAGCGGCCGCUGCUGCCGCCUCCCUGCAGGUGGCGGCACCUCAGCCCUUCCUGGCACUGCCCACCAAUCCCAUCAUCAUAGUGCCCUGCUCGCUGAUCCGUGCCGCCAGCCUGAUACCGGGACCACUCACCACCUCCACGUCGGGCAUUGUUAAUCCGGAGUCCACGUGCUUUACCCUUGACAAUGGCGCCUUGAAGCCGCUGGCGACCGCUCUGAAUAUUAACGCCCUGGCCGGGAAUGUCACACCCUCGCCGUUGCCCAGCAACAGCCAGCAGACGAGUUCUGCCCUGGAACCCGAUCGUCAGCCAGGGAACAGCGCCAACUCACUGGAGGCGGAUGCCAAGAGUAGUCCGCCGGAACCCAAGCGGAAGGAAGCUGGAGGCACUCGUGAGUCUACACCUCUGGAUCUGUCGCUGCGACGUUCGCCCAUUGCGGCGUUGCUGCAACGUCAGCGUCUCGUGCGCUCUGCCGCCGCGCUGCUCGAGGCGGAGGAGGCGCUGCUGAGUGCAGCAGCAGCAGCUGGCAAGGAGAAUGUGGAGAGUGGAGGCGGCAGCGUGACGCCGGAGCAGAUUGUGUGUGCCCCCUCGCUGCCGAGCAGUCCCUCCAUGAGUCCCUCGCCCAAGCGACGAGCGGUGAGUCCACGAAGUUCGGGUGCGGGCAGCGCUGCUUCCAUGUCGCCUCCUGCUUUGGGGGUGGGCGUGCCACAUCUGCUGGAGAAUCUGCCGCCGUUGCGUGCCAUGUUGCCCACAGACUUUACGCUAUCCGAAUCCUUGCUGGCCAAAACGAAUCCCGAGCUGGCUUUGAAACUGGCAGCGGCUGCGGCUGCUGGCGAAUUGGCCAGCAAAUUGGGAUUCCCCGGCGGCGCAGCUGCCGGUGGAGGAGCUGCCACAGCAGUGGGAGCAACAAAUGCUGGCAGUAAUGCACCACAAAUCUAUGUGAAACAAGGCGUGUCCAAGUGCAAGGAAUGCAACAUUGUCUUCUGCAAAUACGAGAAUUACUUGGCACACAAGCAACAUUAUUGCUCAGCUCGCAAUCAGGACACGGCUGAAGGUGGUGAAUCGAAGAACUCAAAGACGCCGCCAAGUGGCGCAGGAGGAGCAGCAGCUGGAGGAGCAGGCGUCUCCGCCUCCUCUGCGGUGGAGACAACUCCUGUGGCCUAUCAGCAAUUGAUUUGUGCCGCCUGUGGCAUCAAGUACACCUCGCUGGAUAAUCUGCGUGCACAUCAGAAUUAUUACUGUCCCAAGGGUACAGCCGCUGAUCCCGGCCAGCUGACGCAGCCCAAGGAGAAGUGCGUCAAGUGCAAGACACUGCAUGAACUUGCUCAGCCAUGUCCGCCACCUCCAGCAGCGCCGCCUCAAUUGCCGCCAGUCGGAGGCACUUCCUCCUCAUCCUCCUCCUCCUCCUCGUCGAAUAGCGUCAACAAGUGUCCCGUUUGUGGCGUCGUUAGUCCCACUGCGGCUUUGGCUCGCAAGCACAUGGAGAUGCACGGCACGGUGAAGGCAUUCCGCUGCAGCAUCUGCCAGUACAAGGGCAACACAUUGCGUGGCAUGCGCACUCACAUUCGCACCCAUUUCGAUAAGAAGACCAGCGAUGUGAACGAGGAGCACUACAUGACCUGCAUCUUUGAGGAGGAUCCAUCUUCUGCUGCUGCUGCUCCAACAGCUGCUUUAACACAGGCCAUCGGUUUGGGACUGGAUGUGCCCACUGUAGCCACUGUGGCAACACCUCAAUUGGAGCAACUGGAGCAACAACAGGCGCAGCAUCCGCCACAGAUCUUCAACUGUGACUACUGCAACUAUGCAUCCACCUACAAGGGCAAUGUGCUGCGCCACAUGAAAUUGUUGCAUCCACAUGUGGCAAUCAGUUCGCCUUCCAUAUCGCCGGAGUCCCGAGAGCAGGAUAAUAAUGUACAUUCUCUAUCCGAAGUAUCGCUGGUUAACGGUGAUCGUGACACGCCAGCUAGCUUCCAGAUCAAAUCGGAGCCUUUGGAUCUACAACCUGUGGUAACACUGAGUCUGGUGCAUGAGAACAACAAUUCACCGAUAGGAACACCACACAGUCACAUCAAGGCCGAACCCAUGGACAUUGAUGUGUCGCCUCCAACGCUGCCGCCGCCAAUGGCCAAUUCUCCAUUGGGUCCAAGUGCCGCCGAGGCCAUGAAAAAGUAUUGUUCCACCUGCGACAUAUCCUUCAACUAUGUGAAAACUUAUUUGGCCCACAAGCAGUUCUACUGCAAGAGCAAAUUGCAUCGACCCGAGGCGAAUGAUAGCCCCAGUCCCAAUGCCGUGCCCAACGAACUGUUGCUGCUCCAGAAGAACAAGGAGAAUCUACAGGAGGCGGCCAUUUGAGAGAGCCAGCUGAUGUGGGAGGCGCAGCGCAAGCAGCUGGAAUGGUACUACAAAUGUUUCUAAGUUAAAAGCAACCAACUCCCGAAUUGAAUCCACGUCAACCGUCACAGUAUCGAAAGUAUUCCCCCGAGAAUCUCGCUGCCCUUCCAAACAUGCCGCCAAUAGAUACAGUUAAAAAGAUACAGAUACAGAUACAAAUAUAAUUACAAAUACAGUUGCAGAUACACUGAUAACAAAUGUUUGGUUCUCGAUGCAUUUGUUAGAGGAAAGUUCUUAGUUUUCUUAUUCAAUUAAAAAAACAUUUUAAAAAUUUGAUUUAGUUUAAAAAAUGAAUAUUUAUCUAUAAAUACAAUCAAUAUUUUCAGUUAGAUAUUGUAACAAGUUCGCAAUUUUAUUUUUAAAUAAUUUGUAAGGCUUAAACAAUUUAGGAGAAGUGAACAUUAAUUGAAUAACAAAAGAAUUUUGUUCUAAAAAUUUAAAAAAAAAAAAAGGGAAAUUAAAACCAUAACCAAAUUUUUGGAAGUUUGCAGCCUUAGAAUGAAGGCUAAGAAAUGCUAAGAAAUACGAGAACACAUCUUGAUUUUAAAAUGGUUUUUUAUUUUGUAUUAUUCCUCUGAAAGUUAUCUUAUUUAACAUAAAAAUGUGUAAGAUCAAUAUUCCUGCUUUUAGAAACCGGUCAUUAUUAUCAGUGUACAGAUAUAUAUACAGAAACCUAAUCGUAUAUAUAUAUAUAGUAGAAAUCAUGACAUAUAAUGCAUGCCAAAGCUUACCACUUAGACAAAAAUUAAAUUGAGUGCAAGAAACUAAAAGUUUUCAAUAUACAAACAUAAACAUAAAUAUAUAUUAAUAUAUAUCUAGAUAUAUUAGUGUCUAGGAGAGAAGCUAUACGCUCUCUCUGACUCCGACCGACUCCACCUGGGUGUGUUGGUAACGGUAAAUAAUCCUAUAGAUUCAAUAUACGACUAAUAACUAUUAUACUAAUGUAACGCGUCUAAGCGUACGCAUAAUUUAACAUAAAACUGUGUAAUUUAAAUAUAUAUAAAUACCUAACAUUUAAACAUAUACAUAUAUGUAUAUAUGCAUGUGUACAUGUAUACGUACUUAUUAAGAGUGUGCGACAAUAAAACUAAUUAAUUUAUUCAAAAUA